UCACACAACAAAGCCUUAGAAGUCGAGGGCACCAGAAGUACACCAUCAUUUCUGUCGCCAGCAAACAGCCGAAACAGAAAACUUUUCAGCCUGAAGAUGCCUCUUUCAAGCAGCUCCACAUCCUCCACAAAGAGCAUCCGCAGAGCGGCAUCCGAGCUGGAGAGGUCGGACUCCAUCACGCUAUGUUUUAGGGUUUACCUUGAUUGCAUUGCUGUUCCAAUGCGCAUUUGGAGAUGUAAAGCUCUACCUUCAAAUACCCAAAGAGACAUCCCAAAAUCUCAGAGGUUCCUCGGGAGACGCCAGAGUUUGAUUGAAGACGCGCGCAAAGAGAGAGAAGCCGCGGCCGCCGCGGCGGAGGCUGCCGAGGCCAGCGAGCAGAUAGUGUUUGAGGAGGAAGAUGGAAAAGCGCUUCUCAACAUCUUCUUCACUUUAAGGAGCUGCUCCAAGACACCUGCUCUCUCACGGACACUCAAGGUCUUUGAGACAUUUGGAGCCAGCAUCCACCACUUGGAGACACGACCAUGUCGGAAGCUGAAGGACAACCUGGAGGGUCUGGAGUACUUUGUGCGCUUUGAGGUGCACCUUUCAGACGUCAGUACUCUGGUCAGCUCCCUCAAGAGGAAUGCGGAGGAUGUCAAAACCACAAAAGAAGUUAAAUUUCACUGGUUUCCAAAGAAAAUUUCAGAUUUGGACAGAUGUCACCAUCUGGUCACAAAAUUUGAUCCAGACUUAGAUGAAGACCAUCCCGGCUAUAGAGAUCCGGCUUACAGAGAGAGGAGGAAAAUGAUUGGUGACAUCGCUUUCAGAUACAGACAUGGGCAGCCAAUUCCCAGAGUGGAGUACACAGAGGAAGAGAUUGACACAUGGGGAAAAGUGUAUUCAACUCUGAGGGACUUAUACAACACCCAUGCCUGCACUGAACAUCUUGAGGCCUUUCGUCUUCUGGAGAAGCAUUGUGGGUAUAGUCCAGACAACAUUCCCCAGUUGGAAGAUGUGUCAUGCUUCCUCAAAGAGCACACAGGGUUUCAGCUUCGUCCGGUGGCAGGUUUGCUCUCAGCCAGAGACUUCCUGGCCAGUCUGGCAUUCCGUGUAUUCCAGUGCACCCAGUAUAUCCGACAUGCUGCCUCCCCUAUGCACUCCCCAGAGCCGGACUGUGUCCAUGAACUUCUGGGCCAUGUCCCGAUACUGGCUAAUGCAACCUUUGCCCAGUUUUCUCAGAGCCUUGGUCUGGCAUCACUGGGGGCAUCAGAUGAAGACAUUGAAAAACUAUCGACGCUGUACUGGUUCACGGUCGAGUAUGGUCUAUGCAAGCAAAAUGGUGAAGUGAAGGCUUACGGGGCUGGAUUGCUUUCUUCUUAUGGAGAACUUGUGCACUCUCUGUCUGAUGAACCAGAGACACGAGAGUUUGAUCCAGAGGCUGCAGCAUUGCAACCCUACCAAGACCAGACGUACCAGCCUGUCUACUUUGUUUCUGAGAGUUUUUCCGAUGCUAAGGAGAAAUUCAGGAGGUACGUAGCUGGCAUCAAGCGUCCCUUCUCGGUCAGGUUUGAUCCAUACACCUGCAGUAUUGAAGUCCUGGACAACCCACUGAAGAUCCAGGGAUGCCUCGAGAAUGUUAAGGAUGAGAUUAAGUUGCUGACAGACGCCCUCAGCGUGUUGUCAUGAUGAAGCCCCCCGUCAGCAGCCAUCCCCGCUAUUGUUUGCUUCCUCUCUGCUAAGCUCUGCGAUGUCCAACAUGUGACAAGACUAACGUGUUCAUCUUUUUGUGCUGUACCUCCAGUAUGACGCUGAGCUGUUGCUUGAUGUGGCUGCCUGGCUGGCCAAUGAGGCUGCAAUCUUUAAAACCUCAAACGGCAGCAUCUGCAAAGUCUCCAAAGAUAUUUAACGCUUUGCUGGGUGUGGAUGCAUUUGUGAAUUGAUGUGGUUUACCUUGACUGGGCUGCUUUUAAAGCAAAACUGUUUUGUUUGAGAAAAGAGUUAAAGAAGCCAAAAUCGAAGGGAACUGUGAUUAUGAAUGUAUUAAAAGAAAACUAAAUCAGUAUUGUAUCUAUAUUUUAAAAUAAUAGGAAGAAAAUGUUGGGCUCUAGUGAAGAAUCACAUGUAUAUUUUAAUAAUUUAUUUUGACAAGAAACAAAAAAUAGCCCUCAGCUGCUUGUUAAACGUUAAUUUCGAGGUAUGUGUAUUCACUGUUUGAGCGGUUACUUUUAGAUUUCUUUUUUCUUUGCCUGUUUUGGUCUUGUCAUGUAUUUGAUGCCGUUUUUGUCUAGCCGUGUAAACGCAUAGUGAAUUAAAAAAAACUUCCUAUGUAAUAAA